UCUGUUUUCAGCUACACUGUUUUUUCGGUUCGUGUCACAAACACAAGUUUAGCCGAGGGUAACACAGCAGCAGGUCUCCACAUUGCUUCAGCCAUGGGCAGGGACUGUGGUCCUCGCCAAAAGUGGGACAGCCUGCUCAGUAUAUGUUUCCCAAGCGUGAGGAAAACCAGACCUGAACCUGAUCCACCAUCAGAGCCGCCCCUGGCUGAUUUGGUCCAAUUUACAGCCAAGACCCCACCCCCAGCAUCACUGAGUCGGUCACCUGAGGCCGAUUCAGUGAUGCUGCUAAAUCCGGCUCUGUGGAUCUUUGUGGUGCUGGCCACAGUGGGGUCCAUCGUGGCUCUGGUUCUGUGGUUUCUCAUAUACAAGCGACAGACCCGCAACAUCAGCAUCUCAGAGGACGCAGAACGGCGUCAGGAGCCUCUUCAGAAAACAGAGCCACCUGCCAAAAUCCACCUGCCGCCUCCAGAGAGAAACGGUCAGGCUGAGAUGUUGCUGGGAGCAGCAUGGGCCCUUUCACCCUGCCCUCACCUGCACCUGGGGGCCCAGACAGGCUCAAAGUGGGAGGAGGGCUUCACUGCAUGCAGAGACCCCGCAAAACAUGCUGGGACAGAGGGGGGCAGAGGGCCGCCUGCGUGCAGCACAAUGAGGGAACACCGCAUCCCACUUCCUGCCACAGAGCUGGGUGGCACCGCGUUAGUUACAACUAAAACUGUGUAGGGCUGUGUGUGUGUGUGUGUGGAUAAUCUUCUAACAUGUUUUUUAAAACAAUUUUCUACUGCUGUUGUUUUAUCUCACUGCCUUGCUUGAUGAAUACAAGUGUCAUGAUGUAGAUUGGUGUCCAAUAAUACCAUGUAAGACUGUUUAUGGUGUCGUGUACUUUGCUGCAAAGUGUUGUUAAAAGACAAAACAAACAAACUGCUCUGAAUCUUAUGCUAUAUUUUAAUAAAACACAAAACCAAAAUCA